AUGGCCAGAGAACCGGGCCGCAAUGAUCUUGACGGUUGGCUUGAUAGCUGGAAAUCAGCCAACAUAUCAGGAUCACUCGACCCAGACAUCAAACGGAGGCUGCUGUCGUUGGCAAGCAAUCAUGCGUCGCUGCCGUGCGUAGGAGCAAUUCCUGAUGCAGUGCAACAGCCAUCGCAACAAAUCUCGCCCAAGUAUUACACAUCCCACGUUCGACAGGACGACGUCAAUUCGAACCACUUUGACCACAUCGGUAAAACGCGGGCGUAUUUUGACACUCCAAAAUCAAAUUGCGAAGAGGAAAUUUUCACUACGACGCAUAAAAGAAGGCAAAUCGUGUCAACUAGAGAAUCACAAAGUGUAUUAAUGAGCGGCGGCGCAAACCAAAUACAACGAGAUGAUUCCACUCCAGGACUCGCAGCAAGAAUGCGAGCCGCGAUGGCCAAGACGUACUCGGGCGCAGAGUUUCUUCCUCGUCACGCCCUCGAGAAAAUCCUCACGGAAGACAGGUUACGCAGGGAAUUCGAUGCGAAUGGUUUCGAAGACAGCCAGCAGCUGGCUCUAUACAUCCACACCCACGCUAAAAAAGUAUUUGCUAUUCUGAUACUCCUUGGACUCGAACGAUCCAUGCCGCAACUUGCAUGUCAGAAGUUCAAAGACGAAUACCUUCCUCUUGUAAGCACAGAUGGGUGUAUGACUUCAAGUAGCGGCAUACCUCAGGACCACCCUGCACUGCGUCCGUUUGCUGAAUGGCAAACAUCAGACAUAGAGCGUUUUUGCACAAAUCAAUGGCUGGCGCUCGCACCAACAUUUGAUACGGGAAAGGACUACGAGUUUGACAGCAGCGUCAUUCUACCUUUCGUUGAAGCGCGUACUAUUGAACGAUCUACUGGAGGUUAUGGGCGCGUCUCUCAGGUCAAGAUAUCCCCUGAUCAUCUUCCUUCCCAAACAAAGUCUAGUUUUUUUGCACUCAAAACUCUUUUGCCAGUGGAACAAUCCCAUGUCACAGACUCGCUAGAUGCCGUGCGCAAGUUCCGAGGCGAGCUAGAUGUCGUGCGCAAGAUACGAGGCGAGCAUACGGUCCUACCGCUUGCUACUUUCCAGCACGGUCCGAAGCAUUAUUUCAUGUUUCCAUGGGCUAACGGGAACUUGCGUGAUCUUUGGGACAAGCAGGAGAUUCACGAACCUGAUCGAUUCAUCCGGUGGACCGUUGAACAAUGUCAUGGCCUGGCCGACGCGCUCAAUACAAUUCAUAGUCUCGACAAAGCUGUCACGAAUUGCGCCUGGCAUGGGAACAUCAACCCCACAAAUAUUCUGUGGUUUAGAGGAGAGUUCGUUGACCUUGGCACGCUCAAAAUCAGCGAUUUUGGAAUAUCACAGAACUUGGAUUCCACGGGUUUGUCUCGCACCAGAUUUCCCACCCCACGGCAUAGUUCACCGGAAGUAGAACAAAGUAAGAAGGAUCUUGAUUAUACUGCGACGGACACAUUUUCACUAGGCUGCGUGUUCUUCGAAUUAAUUGCCUGGAUACUCCACGGCAAUACUGAGCUAUCGAGGUUCGAAAAAGACUGUAAUGUGUGGACUGCUGACCCUGCUGGCGACGGAUUCCCUAAUGAUUGCGUAUCCCAAAUUUGGAUCAGACACUUAUCGGAAUACCUCUCGAACAACUGUAUAAUAUCACCAAGUCCAGUCCUUGGGGACUUGCUCGAGGUGGUGGUGAACCAAGUGGUGGCUGGAAAGCCAAGUCGUUGGAGAGUAUCAACAAGUACAGACCAUCUUCACACCGUUCAUGGCUCGAGUGCCAUGGCAGAAGCAAUGCAGAAACAGAAAUUCACAAUGCAAGAUGUCAGCGAACAAAUGCAGGUGAUUCGGAACCGCAUGUCCCUUCGUCCGCAGACGUACCUCCACCAUCCCUCUUUUCGGCUGCACGAAAAUGGGAAUGGGCCGCUCGAUCCGCAGCUACCGAGCAUGUCUUUUGAAGAGUUCGAGAGCCAGGAAAUGCGCAGCAAGAAGCUUGAAGAUAAGACCGUAAAAAAGUUCACGCCGACGUCUGACAAGAGCAGAGAUCGCAAGACUAGCGUGGGUGGGCCAGUCUUCUAA